AGAGUUUGUGUCACGUGAAAAAAUGUGACCAAUCACGAGCUUUUAUUUCCUUGGUAAUGUUUGCUCGGCAAUCUUCGUUGUUUUCUCUGACAAGCGUAGAAAAACUUUUCAUCAACAGCCGCCAUAUUGGAUGAAUAGGAGCCCAAAUUUUCAGGAACUGUGUUCUGAAUUUUGGCUUCUUUUUUCGUCUAGGCUGUCGUUUUUGGGACGACUGGUCACCUCCGUUCUUCAUGGAGUAACUCCGGUAAGGGAUUGGGAAGCCAUCCUCGUGUGAUUGCGGCUCCGGACGGCUCGAUGCUCGGGACUGCUUGCCUGGGCAGUCGCGGAGCGUUGAAGUUUUGAUGGGGUAGUGCGAUGCCGUAGAACGCGAUCAUGAAGAGACUGUCCCUGUGCCUUGACCAUGAAGAAGAAAAUCGGACUGUGCUACCAUAUAUUUGUGCGUGUGUUGGACCAUCAGAUCUUCUAAAAGUGUAUUGGUAUGUCGAAGGUUUAAAUUCUUGAUAAUCUUCCCCAUUCUUGAGCGCAUAGGGCAUCAGUGGUUUAGGCUUAUCAAUAUGGCUGACCAUCUUGUGGAUGGGCCGCCGAAUAAGCGGCAGAAGUUGGCAGAUACUGGCCUGUCGUCGGACAGUGCAGAUUUCAGCCGGCUGUGGGACCUGGAGAAUGAGCUGCCGGAAGAGCUCAUGGGUUCAGGAGGAGGCCCACCACUGGGUGACUUAAGUGGUGGCCCCACCCAAUCGACGGGUGCUGCCCAGCAAAAUGGCACAGGCGGUGAGGAGGCAACUGGUCCUCGGCAUCAACAAUUGUCGCAGCUGCUCCAAAGCAACACCAACCACGGCAGUCCAAAAGAGCUGGGUGGUGGCCCUAAGAGGAUCGGGGGGCCUAUGCUCAAUGGACCUAUGGGGCCCAUGGGACAGGCGAGGCCGCCCACGUCUCUAGGAGGCCUGCUCGGACCAAACUCCCCGCAUGGAGGUCCGUCUGGAAUGGUCGCAGCCCCACCUGGCAUGAAGGGGCCAGGUGGAGCCAUGGGCCAAGCAUCCUUCCACGGAGGUUAUGGCCAAGUGAUGUCAAUGGGCCAGUUGAGUCAAUCUCAGCAGAGGCCCAUGGGAGCCAACCUAGGAGCGGCGUUAGGCAUGCCCCCGCGCUACUCAAGUGUAGAUUCUUCGCAACUGCAAAACCAACACGGGCAGCCGCCCCCUCAGCAGGCGCAGCAGCUGGCUGGUCCUCCUAUGGGGCAGGCAGCUCCACCCCCGGGUGUGGCGCCCUCCCAGCAGCCGCCGCCUCCCCAUCCCGGUGGAGGUGGACCCCCACUUGGUGCACCUCCGUCGGCAGCAACCCCUUCAACAGCUGAUCCUGAGAAGCGCAAGCUUAUUCAGCAGCAGCUUGUGCUCCUGCUGCAUGCGCAUAAGUGCCAGCGGAGGGAAUCCCAGGCAGCUAAUGGAGAGGUUCGCCAGUGCUCAUUACCCCACUGCCGGACAAUGAAGAAUGUGUUGAACCACAUGACCAACUGCCAGGCGGGAAAGGCAUGUCCCGUGCCCCACUGUGCUUCCUCACGGCAGAUCAUCUCUCAUUGGAAAAACUGCACACGCAAUGACUGCCCCGUCUGCCUGCCCCUGAAGCAGGCCUCGGAUCGGCGGCAGCAGCAAGCUGGUGCUGCAGUGCCGCCUGGCCAAACGGGACAGGGCCCUGCACCAGCUGACAUGCAGCGGGCAUACGCUGCCCUGGGCCUUCCUUACAAUGCAGCGGGUGGGGCCUCGGUUGGCCAGCUGGUCAACCGGGGGCAGCCAGUUGCCCAGAUGAACGACCUGCAAGUGCCACCUGGGCCUAGCCAUUGCAGUCCUCAGGAUCUGCUGACAGGGCCAAGCCCAAAUUCUGUAGCUCCAUCUCAGGGGACUCCUCCUGCCGUGGUGUCCUCCAUGGCUGCCCAAGCACCUCAGAGGCCUCCCCUGGGACCUGCCACUCAAGGUGGGCCUCAAUCAUCGUUUGUUAGUGGGCCUACAUCACCAGCAGCAGCAAUGGCUGCUGCCAAAUUGAUGAAGGCUGUUCAGCAGCAGCAACAGCAGCAGCAGCAACAACAGCAGCAGCAGCAGCAACAGCAGCAAGGCGGCCCUGGGGCCGUGUCCAUAGUUCCCCCAAACCAAGUGGCACCCCCUGGGGGUGCGCCAGGUGGUGUCAGCCUAGCGCAGCCAACAGGGGGAGUCGCUAAGGACUGGCACCAGUCAGUCACCCGGGACCUUAGGCAUCACCUGGUGCUCAAAAUAGUGCAAGCCAUUUUUCCCACCCCCGAGCCAGCUACAUUGCAGGACCGGAGGAUGAACAAGCUAGUCGCAUAUGCCAAGAUGGUCGAGGGAGACAUGUACGAGAUGGCCAACAGCAGGGAGGAGUACUACCACCUUUUAGCAGAAAAGAUAUACAAGAUCCAAAAAGAACUCGAAGACAAGCGGCGCAAAAGCAAAGAGCAGUUGCAACUUCAGAUGCAGCAGCAGCAGCAGCAACAACAGCAGCAGCAGCAACAGCAACAACAACAGCAGCAGCAGCAACAACAGCAGCAACAGCAGAUGCAUGCUGGCACCCCUCCCAUGGGAGUCCCACCAAACACCCUGGCUCCUGGGGCGGCUGUGCCAGGCCGAGGGCCAGCACCUGGGUUAGGUGGAGGUGUCAACUCCCAGAUGCAGCCUGGAGCACCUUCUCAUCUGACUGGUGCCACUGGAGCAUUGGGUGUACCUCAGCGAAUGGCACCCCCCAACAUUACUGUACCAGGGCCUUUCCCCCCAAACUCCUUAGGGGCUCCCCCAGGGGCGCCGACUGGCUUUGGAGGACCACUGCAGCAGCAGCAGCAGCAACAACAGCAACAGCAGCAGCAGCAGCAGCCACCACAGCAGCAACAACAGCCCCAGCAGCCGCAGGCAGCAGCACCACCAAACUUUGGGGGUGUUGCUGGAGGGGGCAAUGCGAUGGCCGGAUCCCUGGAUGGAAGCAUGGGUGCACUCAACAGCCAGUUCCCACCGUCACAACAGUUUGAAGCCAUGAAACGACACUUGAUUCAGCAGCAAGCACAGCAACUCAUGAAUCAAACAAGUCAAGUGCAACUAGGUGGUGCAGCAGGCUCUGCAGCAUCUGCACAGAUAUCUCAGAUGCUACAGUCGCAGCUCAACUCAACACCAGUGAGCCAGUCUCAGGGGCAUCUGCAACAGCCCCAGCAGCCGCAGCAACAACCACAGCAGCAGCAGCUGGCUCCCCAGCAGACACCACCUGGCAGCACGGCGGGGCUUAUGCAGCAGUCGUCCAUUCUGGGCCAGGCUUCGACACCACAGCCGCAGGGCCCACCCAGCCAGCACCCUCCGCGAGCUUCGUCUGUGCCCUCGAGCUUAGGCGGCUCGCAACCACCGACACCAUUGGGGGCUCCGGUACCAGCACCACUGCCACCACCAUCCCAGCAACUGCCGGACCAGAUCCUUGCCACCGAGGACCCAGAAGAGUCUUCUAGGGGCCCUGACCCUGACCUCUCGCUCACCCUGUCUACACCUGAAGGUUCGGCUGCUACCACACCAGCACAGGGCAAGAAGUCCAUCGAAAACUUUGACAGCAGUUCAGGGGGACCCAAGUCAAUGAAAGAUGGAAGCAAGAUGGAGGUGGAUUGCAAACCAGACCUGCGCUCUAUAGGCAAAGGUGAAAAUAGGCUGGAAGGUCCCGGUGAGAAUGGGCUGCCAUCGUUCGGCCCAGUCAAGGAAGAGCCUCUCUCAGUGAAAGAGGAGCAUGUGUCCACCCCAGCCAGCAGCAUGGGUGGAGGAGACGCACCCACUCCUGCUGCCAAGCCCGACAUCAAGCCUGUAAUUGCCAAAACGGAGCCUGUCAGCACAGCAGCAGAGUCUUCCUCAUCUUCGUCCAUGUCUGCUAGCUCACCGCCAAAGCCUAGAUCUAAUAAAAAAGUAUUCAAGCCAGAUGAGUUGAGGCAAGCCCUGAUGCCAACAUUAGAAAAACUGUACAGACAAGACCCGCACUCUCUGCCUUUUCGGCAACCUGUGGACCCUCAACUACUUCAAAUUCCUGACUACUUUGACAUAGUCAAAAACCCAAUGGAUCUGUCCACCAUCAAACGAAAACUGGAUACCGGCCAGUACCAGGACCCCUGGCAAUACGUGGACGAUGUCUGGCUCAUGUUUGACAAUGCCUGGCUCUACAACCGCAAGACAUCUCGUGUCUAUCGCUACUGCACGAAACUUUCAGAGGAGUUUGAGCAGGAAAUUGAUCCCGUAAUGCAGUCCUUGGGGUACUGCUGUGGUCGCAAGUACGUUUACCAGCCUCAGGUACUUUGUUGCUUUGGCAAGCAGCUCUGUACCAUCCCUCGAGAUGCGAAGUAUUGGAGCUACCAGAACCGGUACACCUACUGCCAAAAGUGCUUUGCAGAAAUUCCCGGUGAUUCUGUUACCCUUGGAGAUGAUCCUACGCAGCCUCAGACAACCAUUCGUAAGGACCAGUUUGUUGAAAUGAAGAAUGACCACUUGGAGCUUGAGCCGUUUGUGGAAUGCCUCGACUGUGGUCGCAAGUUGCACCAGGUGUGCGUGCUGCACUUCGACUCCAUCUGGCCUGAAGGGUUUACCUGUGAUAAUUGCCUGAAGCAAAAGGGAAAGAAAAGGAAAGAAAACAAGUUUACUGCAAAGCGUUUGCCAACAUGCAAGCUGGCCAACUUCAUAGAAAAUAGAGUCAAUAUCUACUUGAAGAAGAAGGAAUCUGGAGCGGGUGAAGUCACAAUUAGGGUUGUAUCUUGUACAGAGAAGCUAGUGGAAGUGAAACCAGGCAUGAAGAUGAGAUAUGUGGAUACGGGGCACUGGCCUGAGCAGUUUCCCUAUCGUGCAAAGGCACUGUUUGCUUUUGAGGAGAUUGACGGUGUGGACACGUGCUUUUUUGGGAUGCACGUGCAAGAGUAUGGCUCAGAGUGUCAUCCGCCCAACACCCGUCGUGUGUAUAUAGCUUACCUGGACAGUGUGCAUUUCUUUAGGCCCAAGCGGUUUCGUACUGCCGUCUACCAUGAGAUCCUGCUGGGUUAUCUCGACUACGUCAAGCAACUCGGUUUUGCAAUGGCGCAUAUUUGGGCAUGUCCACCUAGUGAAGGGGACGACUACAUUUUCCACUGCCACCCUCCUGAGCAGAAAAUACCAAAGCCUAAGCGGCUCCAGGACUGGUACAAGAUGAUGCUUGACAAGGGCAUCAUGGAGAGAAUAGUGCUGGAGUACAAGGACAUUCUAAAACAGGCCACGGAGGACAACCUCAAGAGUGCCUGUGAGCUGCCCUAUUUUGAAGGCGACUUUUGGCCCAACGUGCUCGAGGAGAGCAUAAAGGAACUUGACCAAGAAGAAGAGGAGAAGCGGAAAGCUGCUGAAGCAUUGGCUGCAUCCGCUGCUGCUUCUGAAGGCAGUCAAGACGGCGAACCUGAGGGCUCUGAGCAGGGUGAAAAGAAAGGGCAGAAGAGUGGGCGUAACAAGAAGGCCAACAAAAACAAGAGCAACCAGCGGAAGAACAACAAGAAGUCUACGGUACCCCACACGGGGAAUGAUCUCUCUGCCAAGAUCUACUCAACCAUGGAGAAGCAUAAAGAGGUUUUCUUCGUGAUCCGGCUGCACUCUGCACAGGCUGCAGUCAGUCUGCCCCAGAUACACGACCCAGACCUCCUUAUGCAGUGUGACCUGAUGGAUGGUAGAGAUGCCUUUCUGACACUUGCCCGAGAGAAGCACUACGAGUUCUCAUCACUUCGGCGCGCCAAGUACUCGACCAUGGCCAUGCUUUACGAGCUUCACAACCAAGGCCAGGAUCGAUUUGUGUACACAUGCAAUAGCUGCAAAAGCCAUGUGGAGACACGUUACCACUGUACAGUAUGCGAUGACUUUGACUUGUGUGUGGCUUGCUAUGAUCGUGAAGGCCAUCCUCACAAAAUGGAGAAGUUGGGCUUUGACCUCGAUGAUGGGACCUCUGCAGCCGACCCCAAGCAGAGCAACCCGCAAGAGUCGCAGCGGCUGUCCAUACAACGCUGCAUCCACUCCCUGGUGCAUGCGUGCCAGUGCCGAGAUGCCAACUGCCGCUUGCCCAGUUGCCGGCGCAUGAAGCGGGUGGUGCAGCAUUCCAAGAGCUGCAAGCGCAAGACCAAUGGAGGUUGCCCCAUUUGCAAGCAGCUUAUCGCCCUGUGUUGUUACCAUGCCAAACACUGCCAAGAGGCUAAGUGUCCUGUACCCUUCUGUCUCAACAUCAAGCACAAGCUGCGCCAGCAGCAGCUGCAGCAACGCCUCCAGCAGGCGCAGAUCCUGCAGCGGCGCAUUGCCACUAUGCAGAACAGGGGAGCUCCUGCCCUGCCGCCGGCUACAAGUGCUUCUGUCUCCAUGUCGUCGGGGCCGCCCGCGCUUCCACCGGCUAGCACGCCUCCUGGUGGCAGUACCGGCAGCAAGCCGGCGGGACCCCCUGUCGGAGCACUGCAGGCAGUGCAGCAGGUACAGGCAGCGGCUGCGCGGCAACAGGCUCCCCACCUGGCGGGCAAUCCUGGUGGCUAUGGCAAGGGGGUACCUCCUGCGCAGAAGCCUUUGGCCCCUGCGGGACCCCGCAUGGUUCCCUUGCGCUGGGAGGGGCCCCCCUACGGCCAACAGGGUCUACCACCAAUGCGACAGGCACCACCUCCGCCCAUGGUUCCUCCAGGUGCCCAGAUGGGGCCACCCGGUGGAGGGCAGCAACGGCCGAGUCAAAUGACCCCCGCCCUACAGCAGCUGAUACAGACCCUCAAGUCACCUGCCUCACCACAGCAGCAGCAGCAAGUGCUGCACAUUCUCAAGUCGAACCCGCAGCUGAUGGCUGCAUUCAUCAAGCAGCGCAGUCAGCACCAGCAACAGCAGCAACAACAACAGCAACAGCAGCAGCAGCACCAACAGCAGCAACAACAGCAGCAACAAGCACCUCCGCAGCAGCUGAUGAUGGGAGGCCCGCAGCAACCGCCUGGUAUGCAGCAGCCUCCCAUGCAGCAGCAGCCACCAAUGCAACAGCAGUGGAUGCAGAAGCAGCAGCAGCUGCUCAUGAUGCAGCGCCAGCAGCAGCAGUUCCAGCAGCAGCAGCAACAGCAGCAGGGCCCACUACAGGGGGCCUACCAGCGACCUCGGCACUUCUACCAAGGAGGGCCACCCGGUCCGGACCAGUAUCAGCAGUUCGCCCCUCCGCUCAAACAGAGUCCCCUGAGCCCCCAGCAGCUGAUGCAGCAAGUGCGGUCACCGCCGCCAAGCCAGCUAGUGCGCUCGCCACAGCCCUCGCCCAGGCCCAUCCCGUCACCGAGGCAGCAGCCCAUCCCAUCUCCUCACUACCCCAGCCAAACACACUCACCCCACCUCGGUGGGGGGCCUCUGGUGGAAGGCCCCCCCAGUGGCGCUGACCUGAUGCUGCCGCAGGGUGGCCUGGGGGCAGGGCCCAGCCCUAGCCCUGACCUGGCGCCUCCACCGCCGCCCCAGCCGGGGGACGGCUCGGACAUGCUUACACCCCAGGAGCAGCUGAACAAGUUUGUGGAGAACUUGUAGCCCACCGCUGGUGUGCGCAGUGAACUAGAGCUCCUUUGUACAUACCACUGGGCAUGAAGCCCACUGUACAGUUCAACUCCGCAUCAGUUUGUGCUCCUCCUUUUUAUGGAUCAUCGGACACAUCUCGUGGCAGUGGACUCUGCUAGCCAUGGCUGCUGGGCCCUUCAUCUGUACUGUAAAUUCAUCUGCCUUCCUUGCUCUGUACCCAUCCCCCUGUUUAUUAUUGUUCCUCUCCCCCCCCACUUUUUUUUACCAGUGUGUGCACACCCAGUGGGCUCCAAUCAUGAAAAAAAAUGGAGUGUUCUCACCAGUUAAGUUAAAGCAAGUGCUGCCUUUUCUCAAACUGUUCUCAGAAGAGCCUGUGGUCACAUGCCACUUGUGUCUGGGAGGCGGCUGCGUUGUUUCACCUCCGUGUUUGUUUCCAACAUUUUUUACAAAACGCAGUGGUGGUUUUGGUGCCCACUGUGGCACAAGUUAUUUAUUACUUAGUUUCAAGCAUCUCGGGGAGAGUGGUUGGUGCCCCUCCCAUCAUAGAGCCAUUUUUAAAAAAUAAUGAGAGUGUUUGGAGGCCUGUAUAUUGUGUGGAUCAUGUGGGCGCAAACAGACAUUGCGAGGAACAGAAAGAAACCUGGAGUACAUUCCAGUCUGUCCCCUCUCCACAGAGUCCAUUGGUGGGGAAAUCCAGUGAAUCAAGGAUUGUCGACCUCAGGGCGGCGAAAAUGUAUCAUUUUCACUGCCAGCCGCUGCGCAGACUAUUGAGACAAGACCUGUAUAAUUGUGUGGGGGUUACAAGCAGUGUGACGGUAAUAAGCUAGUGGUGCUGCAUUUGGAAAUGGUUAAAUGAAAAAAUGCCUUUUGGAAGGCAAAAUGAAUUGUGUUGAAAACGGCGCCUCAUCUCUAAACAUUGCCCUAUCCUCUCUGAACACACUCAUCCCAUAAACGUGAAAAGCAAAUGUUGCCUUUUGUUGUUUGUACAUUCAUUCCCUAGGGUCGCCGUCUGGUUGGGCGAUGUCUGCAUUGUACAUACUGUACACAUUUCAUGUCUACUGAAUGAAAUAAAAUUUAGGUGCGUUGAUAGAAGGCCACUUUCA